AUGGACACUUGUUAUCAUAUCCAGAUUGCCACAUCGCCUUCCAUUUCACUCCUUUUGGACACAGGAGCCCCAGGUUCCAGUGGAGCUAACUUUCUCUACCUGCUUUGCUCCUGGGAACACGUCUCCCAACCUCUCCAGCCCUGGCACAAACCCAGCAGUCUCAGGUGCAGUUAUAUUUCUUGUUGCAAUCUGGAAUUACAAGCUGCUAAGAAGAAAACCUCAGAAUCAGGCAAAGUGGCUAAAAAGACUGCCCAGGGGGCGGAGAGAGGUCUUUACACCCCAAAGAAGACCAAUUUACCUCUAUUUUUUCAACCACAGAGAAUUUUCCAGCUUUUUUAUAUUCUGCUCAGCUGUGAAAAUGAGGCACAGCACCAAGAUGGCUAUGGAAGCAGGCCCCGAGUUACAAAUGAUGAAGGGCCGGUUGGAAAACCAUUCUCCCCACCAUUCUCUGGGCACCAAGAAUGGAAACAGCUGCGAUCCUCAGAGCCUUCUGCCGCUCACCCUCCCCGGCCCCACCCUUCUUCCCUGGCUCACACCUCAUCAUGUCCCCUGGACACACCACCUUCUGGCCGGACUCCUGCCUUCUGUUCCAUGCCGGCUCUAUUGCCAAACUUUUCCUUCUCAUAA